AUGCUUGUCCGGCUCCUCCCCCUCGUGUGGUGGUUCGGCGCCGCCUCCGCGCUGCAUCUUGCCGCGCUCCACCGCCGCGUCGCCGUCGGCGCCGACAGCUCGCUCCAGCUGAAGGUCGUGUACGACGCCGACCGCCUGUCGCCGCUGCCGUGCGUGCUCUUCUUCAGCGGGGCUGACUGCUCCCACGAGUCGUACAUGUGGCUCGCCGAGCGGCUCGCCCGGGCUGGCUGCGCGGUGGCGCUCUCGUCGUGCGUGGUGCCGUUUGGGCCGAAGACGUGCCUCUUGUCGACGCCGUUUGACCUGGGCGCGCUGGGCAGCCUCGAGGCCUACAAGCGGGGCCCUUCGCGCGCCGGCAUCGCCGCGAUUCUCGACGAGCUGCGAGCUCUCGCUGCCGCCUCGGACGGGCCCCUCGCCGGCCGCCUCGACCUGGGCCGCCUCGCCGUCGGCGGCCACUCGUCGGGCGGCCGCACCGCCCUCGACCUCGCCUCGUUCGAUGAGCCGUUCGGCGUCGCUGCAGUCUUUUC